UGCUCCUCUUCUCUCCUGGUGACCCCUGAGAAGCUGGUAUUUCUUCCCAUCUCCAGACAUCAGCUCUUGUAGGAGACACAUCCAGGAGUGAGGAGGAUGGUGGCAGCAGCCAAACUCACCCUCCUGCUGCUGAGCUGCUUGGGGCUCCUGUGGCCAGCCGGUGCCCAAUACAUAGACUACUGCCCCAAGGGCUGGUCCUACUACAAACUCAACUGCAUCAAGUACUUCCCUCAGCUCCAGACCUGGGAUGAAGCUGAGAGGCAGUGCCAAGCCAGCCACCCUAAUGCCCACCUGGCCUGGGUGGAGGAUGCCCGGGAAGCAGCCACCCUGCGCAGAAUCAUCUCCUACCACCAGCGUGUGCAGUCCGUCUGGCUUGGCCUCCACUACAGUCUCCAGGGUGCAGCCUGGGAGUGGACAUCUGGGGACAAGUACAGUGUCUCCAACGGGCUGCCUGGGAACGGUGCCCGUGGGGGAACUUGUGGGCUGCUGACCCACCACACAGCCUUCAACAUAUGGUCCAGCGCUGACUGCUCCCAGAAGCAUCACUACAUCUGCAAGUUCACACCCUUGCACUGAGCACAGCCCAGGAGGGACCACAUGGAGGACUCCAUGCUGGCAGUGCUCCAUCCUUGCCACCUCUGCUCCUCUCUCCCCAGCUUCUAAAAAUACACCUA